ACCCAUCUCAUAAUGAACUCCUCUGCCUCCAUUACGUCCUUGUUCUCAUUCACCAGCCCCGCGGUGAAGCGUCUGCUCGGCUGGAAACAAGGAGAUGAGGAGGAGAAGUGGGCAGAGAAGGCUGUGGACUCUCUAGUUAAGAAACUAAAGAAGAAGAAAGGAGCAAUGGAGGAGCUGGAGAGGGCCCUCAGCUGCCCCGGACAGCCCAGCAAGUGUGUGACAAUCCCCCGCUCGUUGGAUGGGAGGUUGCAGGUGUCCCACAGGAAGGGUCUUCCACAUGUCAUCUACUGCAGGGUGUGGCGCUGGCCUGACCUGCAGUCCCACCAUGAGCUGAAAGCCCUGGAGUGCUGCGAGUUCCCCUUCGGCUCCAAGCAGAAGGACAUCUGUGUGAACCCGUACCACUACAGGCGUGUGGAGACUCCAGUGCUGCCACCAGUUCUGGUCCCACGCCACAGCGAGUUCAACCCUCAACACAGCUUGCUGGCAAAGUUCAGGAACGCCUCCCUGCACAACGAGCCUCUGAUGCCCCAGAAUGCCACCUACCCGGACUCAUUCCCUGCGAUCCCAUGCUCCUCCUCCUUCUCCUCCUCCCCGUCCUCCUCCCUCACCCAGUCUCCCACCUCACAGAGUUUCCCCAACUCUCCCAACAGCUCUGCAGAGCCCGGCAGUCCGUAUCACAUCACAGCUGAGACUCCUCCACCUCCGUACAGCAUGAUGGAGAGCAGCCCACCGGAGGAUGUGAAGCCCAGCAACUCCACAGAAACCAUCAAACUCACGUUUUCGGCUCCUCACAGAGAUUUACGGCCCGUAUGUUACGAGGAACCAGAGUACUGGUGUUCGGUAGCUUACUAUGAGCUCAACAAUCGGGUCGGGGAGACUUUCCACGCGUCAUCCCGCAGCGUCUUGGUGGACGGCUUCACAGACCCAUCAAACAACAAGAACCGCUUCUGCCUCGGGCUGCUGUCCAACGUCAACCGCAACUCCACCAUCGAGCACACACGCAGGCAUAUUGGCAAAGGCCUACACCUGUACUACGUCGGCGGGGAGGUGUACGCAGAGUGCCUGAGCGACAGCAGCAUCUUCGUCCAGAGCCGAAACUGUAACUUCCAGCAUGGCUUCCACGCCACCACGGUGUGCAAGAUCCCCAGCGGCUGUAGCCUCAAGAUCUUCAACAACCAGCUGUUCGCCCAGCUCCUCGCCCAGUCCGUUAACCACGGCUUCGAGGUCGUCUACGAGCUCACUAAGAUGUGCACCAUCCGCAUGAGCUUUGUUAAGGGCUGGGGUGCCGAAUACCACCGUCAAGAUGUGACCAGCACCCCCUGCUGGAUCGAGGUACAUCUGCACGGGCCCCUGCAGUGGCUGGACAAGGUCCUCACACAGAUGGGCUCCCCACACAACCCUAUUUCUUCAGUGUCCUAACAGGAGCACACGCUUUUUACUGCGUGCUCUAGUUCCUUCACACAGGUAGUCGUAGAUUCUGUAUGUUCUAUGUCCAGGAUUUCUGUCAUACGGUCCCUUUUUUCUUGACAUCUCAUACAAAACGACAAAAAUAUGUUACCCUCAGCUCUGUCACACCAUGCAGCAUAACUGAAAUGAUGAAAGACUUAAUUCUGCGUGGAUAAUUUACACCUCAUUUGGUGAAAUGAUAAAGUGUUACUUAAUUUUAAUUAAGACUAUGAUAAAGCAUUUAUCCUGCACUCCAUGUCAAGAAAAAUGGGAUAUAUUUAUAGGUACGCAAAAACUUAUUCCAUGUUGUAAAUGUUGUUAUGAUAGUAUGUGCUGUAUUCCCAUGUGUUGACUUUGUGUACUGGUUGCUUUUUACUUGUUCCAUUAAAGUUGUUUUUUUCU